AUGGGGAGAGGAAGGAUUGCUAUUCGAAGGAUCGACAAUUUAACAAACCGGCAAGUGACUUUCUCUAAGAGAAGAAAUGGGUUGCUGAAAAAAGCUAGAGAACUAUCCAUUCUCUGCGAUGCAGAAGUUGGAUUGAUGGUAUUCUCUUCUACUGGCAAGCUUUAUGAUUAUGCAAGCACCAGCAUGAAAUCAAUUAUUGAGCGAUAUAACAAGCAAAAGGAGGAUGAACAUCAACUAAUGGAUCCUGCUUCACAAGUCAAGUUUUGGCAGAGAGAAGCAGCAAGCUUGAGGCAACAACUGCAGGACUUGCAGGAAAGCCACAGGCAAUUGAAGGGGGAAGAACUUUCUGGUUUGGGUAUUAAAGAGCUACAACGUCUGGAAAAUCAACUGGAGAUGAGUUUGAAGGGCGUUCGCAUGAAAAAGGAUCAAAUUUUAAUUGAUGAAAUCAAUGAACUACACCAAAAGGAAAGUCACCUUCAUCAAGAAAAUGUAGAACUUCAUAAGAAGAUAGACCUCAUCCAUAAGGAAAAUGCAGAACUACAGAAGGUUAUUGAAGCAAGACGUACGGAAGAAGGAAUUACAACAUCAAAUCCUUCAUACACUAUCAGCUAUGGAUAUGAUAUACUUGAGCCUAUCAGUCUCCAGCAAAGCCAGCCACAGCCUCAAUACAGUGAAUCACCAGCCACAGCAAUGAAUCUGGGGUAUUCCCUAAAACUGAUGUUAUGA